UUCUAGGGUUCUUUUUGCUUUCUAGCCUAUAAAUAUGCCUGAAUCCUCCCAUUGAAUCCAAAUAACAUCACAAUUUUCAUCCUCACAAAAUAGAUUGAGAAAGGCAAGGUUUUUGGGAUGCAAAUUACUCAAGAACUAAUGAGAAGCGUUUUUCUCUGCAUAAAGCUGAAGAUUACGGUGCCGAAGUAAUUCUCGGAAGGUUAGUUUUUUGUUUCCAUAGAAUAUGUAAUUUCGAAUCUUUCAAAAUAUCUGCGAUUUAUUUGGUAUAUGGAGAUCCCCUGGGGCAAUCUUUUCCUUCAUUAGUAUAUUUCUAGAGUCUUUGAAGAAUUUCCCUGCUGGAUUUGAACCUUUAUUUUCCCCCUUUUUUCUAUUUUCUAUGGGGUUUGGUUAUAAAUGUUGAUGAUAUGGUUUCUUUGGUUGGUUAUUGGGUUUGUCAUAUCCAUUUAUUUUAUGAUUUUCCUCAUAGAUAUAUGAUACAAACAUGUGAUACUUGGUUUCAAGUUUAGAUGAGAUAACCAUUGCUGUUUUUUAUGCUCCACUUCGUUGGAAGAAAGGUUUAUAUGUUUGCAUAAACUCUUCUAACAAGUUCAGUAGUUAACCAUUGAUGUUUAUUAACGGUGUGUUCUCUUUGUUUGAUAAAUUUAUCAUUGAAAAAAAGAUGGAUAAUAAAAAAUUCUCCUUUAAAUUCCCUCUUUCUUAUGCCACCAAAAAUGUAAUUGAAGGGGGAAAAAAGAAUGAAAAAUGACGAAAUUCGCUUUUGUAGAAAAUGAGUCCAUUGAAAGAGGACUCUCUUGUUAUCUCUCAUUUUUUUCAUGAUAAAUUUAUCAACUAAAGAGAACACACCCUAAGUAGUUGUCUGCGAAACUUGUUGUUUAUCACACUUCUACUAGACCUUAUUGGUGGGGUUCAAUAUGGUAUAGUUUUGAAGCGUGAAGCAGAACAUAAGUUUCUGCUAGGUUACUUAAAACUGAAAAUAUCGUAAGGUCUCUUUUGCUUUGCGCGAUAAAGGUGUGAUAUAUACCUAAUACUAUGGCAGACUAAUAACUUAUUUGCUUCAAAGAUCAAAGUCCUUAACAAGAGCUUGAUUAUCAAAAUACGCGUGAUUAUGCAUCCAACUACCACCUCGGUGGGAGGUGGGAUACAUGACGCACAUGAUGUUAUAUACUAUUUCCGCCCACAAUAAGUGUUGUCUUUUUGUCAUUGACGUACAAUAAUUGUGGUCUUUCUAUUUUAAGACAUAUAUCUUUAUACUUUUACUCUCAUUCACACACUAUAUUAAUUAACAAAUAAUUCAACAUUGGUAGAACUCUUUAUCUACUUUAUACACAUCUUUCAAUAUUUUCUUAAAACCCGUGCCCUCCCCAUUCACACCACACUGAUCGUGGACCGUGUCCUCCCAUUCACACCACACUUAUCGUGGACGGAGGGAGUAUUAAUUUGUAAGUAGACUACAAGGGGUGUUCACAAUUUGGUUUAUACCAUAAAUCAAGUUAGCCAAACCAUAUUUGUGCAGUUUGGUUUGGUUGAUGGUUUGAAAAGUACGAUUAUUUUUAUGUUUUUAGAAAAUUAUAGUUUACAAUUUAGGUUUGAAUUUAAAGGAACAAACAAUCCAAACCAUAAAUUGUAAUAUAGUUGAUUAAUUAUUAUUAUUAUUGUAAGUAUAUAUUAAUUUUUUUGGAUUCUAAGAAAAGAAUAUAAUAUUGACUUAUAUUUUGUAAAUUAUUUAUAAUUCAUCAGACGAUGAAAACUUAGAAUCAAAAUCUCAAACCAUAACCCUGUUCGUCAUCUUCGUCAAACCAAUUCCCUGCCAUCUUUAUGUUUCGUUGUCGAGGCAUGACCCAUGUCAUGCCCUUCCUUUUUUAGUUUUAUUGUUAAUUGUUAAUGAUAUCAUGUUUGUUCUCUUUUGAAGUGUCUUAGAUUUAUUUUGUUUUUUAAUUAUUAAAUAGGAAAAUGAAAACUAUGUGUAAACCGUAUUAACACAAUUUGGUUUGGUUUACUAAAAUCACUAAAUCGUAUUUUGCGAUUGGAUUUGGUUUUCGUGACAAAUCAAACCCGAUCAAUAUGUAAUCACGGCUACACCUACACUACCAUAAUUUAUAGUUGUAGAUAAAAUAAUAAGCAUAAUAUUAAUUCAUUAUAUGGUUAAAUACAUCUUAGCCUUGUCCCAUGUUAUAAGCAAAUGAGCCCUUAUGAAUGUAGAUAAUAUAUUUUGUUCCACAUAAUUAUUGUGCACAAAAAUUGUGUGAUGCUAAGGGUAAACUUUGUUGGUUGUGAAACUUAGUCGCACAUCAAGUAGGUAAGAGUGAUAACUAAAGAUGCAUAGAUAGUGAUUAGAAAUGACCAUCUAACAAGUCAAGAUGCAUAACAUGAUAGAUGCACAUCGAUCAAAACACAACCAAAUACCGAAAUACGAUCAAAACACAACCAAAUACCGAAUAUAAGUGUCACAAGAAAUAGUUUGAUUAUGGAUUGACUUACAUGCCAUGACACGGUCUCACAUAAGUUUUUGCGUUUUGGAUCUUGAAAUACCAUUAAUAUCAUCAUUGGUAUGAGCAUUUCUCGAGUAGUCCAAAAACAAGAGCAUAGAAAUUCAACCUAGAAAUGGGUAGUUACCAAAUGAAAAAGAAGACAUUUGUAAAGAGCCCAAGCGGAGAGCAACCAAAUUGUAGAAAUGUCCUAUAUUGAUAUUCUCAUUUACACAUAGUAUUUUGUUCUUUCUUUCAUGUAAAGAUAGGGAGUUGUGAGUAUAUGAGCAAGUUAGGGGCUAUCUCACAUGGUUUAUUUUGUAAGUGGUUCCUACUCUUGUGAAAAAGUCAAAAGAUAUGAAAUAUUGAUUGUAGGUGCCAAUGAUUUAUGCAUUAUAUUUGCAAGAAUAUUUAAUCAUCUUGGUAGAUGAUUAGAAAUCUUGAUUGUGGGGCUGACAAUAUAUAAAGAAACAUAAUCUUAAUAUAUAGAAAAACAUUCAUCCACAUGAAAUCCAAUCAUGGCCAUUCUAUAUAGUUAAGAUCAAUGGUAUUGAUUGAAUCUUAGUUACCAUGGAGGGUAGGGGGAGUUUCUACCUAGUAUCAACCUUGUUAUAACAUGCACAAUAAUGCUUUAGGUUUUUAUGUUUGGGAUGAGCAAACUUAAAUCGGACCUGAAAGAUCGAAUGAACUGAACUCAAAUUGGUGGUUUUGUUUGAUUUUUCUAGGCUAAAGCAGUUCGAUUUGGUUUGCAAAAUUGAAAAUUGAAUUUGUUCAGUUUUAGGGUAAACAGUUUGUUUUACUCGAUCGUGACCUCUACCAAAUUAUCUAUAGAGAAAUGAUGCAGUGAGAAUGGUCAAAUGUGAUAAGAAAUAAGAAUGAUUCUGAAACGUGCGAUAUUCAUUCAAAUCCUAUGUGGCUGAUUAUGGUUAAUAUUGAUUCAAGUGUGAAAUGAGAAUAAUAAAUAAUUCAAUAUAAAUCACAAAUAAGUUGUUUGUAAUGUGCAAAUAGCCAUUCAAACCUCAUUUUGAAUCCAAAAUGGGGCAAAAUUUUCACCACAUUAACUAUUUAUAGAUAUUUGUAUAUUACAAGCAGUUUAUUUGUUAUUCUCAUUUCUCACGAAAAUAAUCAUUUUGCUAUAACUUAACUUUAUAUCUAUAAAUAUAAUAUAUAUUUUUGUUUAUUAAUUAUUGAAAAAAAAAAUUGUUGAUUUGCUUAUUUUAAAUUGUGAAUUUAUAGAGAUUGAUCUUUGUUUUAGUGUAGUAGUAUGUUUUAGGACAAUGUUCAAAUAUUUUAUUGUAUUUUAAGAAAAUAAAAUAAAUAAUUUUUUUUUUCAAAUUGAACCGAAAUUUUUUGGUUUGGUUUGGUUCAGUUUUGUUUGAGUGUGCAAACAAUUCGGUUCGGUUCGGAUUCAAAUCGAACCACCCGAAUGUUGCAAAACAUAUUUGUAGGAAUCUUAGUUGUCAAUUUCUCUACCAAUAUGCCAUUUAAUGGCUAUCAAAUCUAAGCUAAGGCUUCAACCUUGAAUCUUGAGGCAACUUAGCCUAAUGAACUUGCUCCUCGACAAUAUGUGCAGAAAUUUCUUUUUUUCUUGUUGGAAUUAGUAGCUUCGUGGAAUGUUGCACCAUCUAGCAUCUUGAAGAUAAGCCAACCUCCCAUAUGAAGUUGUCGAAGACCCCGAAUAAUCAAGGGAUUGGCGGAAAAAAACCAAUAGAUUGGUUUUCCUUUGUCACCGAUGAACGUGGUAAGUUAGCAAUUCCAAUUGGACCUCGUUUCCAAGUAGACAUUCCGUCUUGGAAUCCCCCAUCUUCCAAGAGUCGCCUAACCAUUGGUGACACGGAGUUGGAGGAUGAAAAUAAGUGGUUAAGCAUUCCCGUAUGGCCUCUAAAAGGAAGAAGCCAAAAUACGUACCAUGACACAAUCGGAAAAGGGAGACCUUGGGGUUGUAUAUGUGCAUUCCCAGGGUCAAUAGAGUGUGUUAGACAACAUGUGUAUGACAAAAGGCUACAAUUAAAGAUCGAACUUGGCCCCGCCUUUUGGAAAUGGAGGUUUGAUGUCAUGGGAGAGGAUGUUUCUAAGGUAUGGAAUUCGGAGGAACAAAGGAAAUUUGAUUAUAUCGUGAAAAAGAACCUUACAUCUCUUGAUACAAGCUUCGUGAAGGUCGCCUCACAAUGUUUUCCGUGCCAAAGCAAAGGAAACAUCAUUAGCUACUACUUGAAUGUGUACAUCCCAAGGCGAAUAAGUGUUCAAACUAGGUCGAGUUGCAAUAUUGUUGACUCAGAUGAUGAUAAUGACGAUGAUGAUCACCACGAUGAUGAUGAUGAGCAUGAUCAUGAUCAUGAUCAUCAUUAUCGUCAUCGUGGUGAUGGUGAGGACAUUGCACGUCCCAAGGGGCCGCUUAAGAGGUUACAGGCUGACUUCACUUCUAGCACCUGUAAGUACAUGAAAACCGCGUAUUUGACAUCUUGCCGGUGAGUUCUUCUGCCUCUUAGUCUCGGUAGAACAUACGGAGUUUGAGGCAAUGAACAAAAGUUUUUGGUGUUGGAAUGUUUAGAGAGCAGCAGCAGCUCUCGUCUUUGAUAGGGUCUUUGUGUUUUGAUCUAUUUUGAAUUAUGUUAGUGAAUGUAUGAUAUUUAAUUAAAGUUUGAAUUCUAGGAAAUUUGGGUGAAAUUCGAUGGUGUGUUUCAUGAUCAA